CUUACGUGCACAUACGAGUUCGUUCAGCAUACUACUCUCACUGAGGUCCAACCUAACAUCACACCAUAUGGGGUUAUCUCUUUCGUAGAAGAGCUCCAGUACUCCGCUCAAGGUAUCCAGGUGCGAUGGCGAUGGAUCACGCACACCUUUCACUUCGGGACAACACCGCAUGUUGCCACUGAUCAGGAGAAGGCGACCAUGCGUGAUAGCGAGGACAACGAUCUUGGUGUUGAGUAUGACCACGCCCAGCCACACGUCCAGGACAGUUGCUUAUGCAGCUGCCCCACCUUGCAGCGCUCACACCCUUAUCCCCAUACCUACCACCACCUGAAAUGCAAGACGAUUCAAGAUCACACACUGUCUUACCUAACGGUCUCAUCGAUUCUGAGUCCGUGGAAAGACGUCCUGGUCAGUACCACGAGGCUAAACGCCAACAGAAAGGCAAUAUCGGCGGAGAAGAGUUCUGUGCGCCAUGUAAAAGUGCCAUCUAUGACGGAGACUUCAAUCGUAUCGGUACUGUAUCCUGGCUCAACGAUGGCUUUGAGAAUUGCGAGCACUUUGACAAGCCAAUACUCUACUGCUGCCUGUGCAAGCACAUGACUCGAGCAAGGGAGUAUGCACGACGAGGCGGCACGGUUGAUGCACGCCCCUACAGCAUCGAACUGGACUGGCACCUCUCUAGUAUGGAGUCUGGCAUCUUUAUUCACGAUGAUGGCGCGGAUCUGGACGGAGAUAGUGACAGCCGUCUCGACGACUUUGAGGUCGAGAAAUGCUACUACACACGAUCAAUCAGCCGAGACUCGGCCAACAUCAGUCUGAUUAGACACUGGCUUAGCGACUGUGAGAUCAAGCAUGGGCCAGAUUGUAACGCACAUCGGCACGAAAUGGUCGCAGAGACUUUGAGUCUGCUACUAGUCGAUGUUGAGAGCAACUGCCUUGUUGAAGGACGUUUUACAGAUCGUUAUUUCGCAUUGAGCUACGUCUGGGGUGCUUCGAAACAAUUCCUUACACUCGUGGAAAACUACAGGACGCUAUUAGAGCCUGGUAGUCUUUCAACACAGCCGAUCACUCAGACGAUCAGGGACUCGAUGACUUUCAUCAAGAGCUUGGGUGAGCGAUAUCUCUGGGUUGACACUGUAUGUAUCAUACAAAAUGACGCCAGCAAUAAAGCCACAGCAAUACAGCAGAUGUCAUCGAUAUAUAGCUGUGCAGUAGCGACUAUAAUUUGUCUGAGCGGCUCGUCUGCUGACGCAGGAUUACCAGGAAUACUUCCCACUGUACGGAACGCAUCUGUUGUGCCUAUAGCACCUGGCUUGAGCAUUGUGGAGCGUACACCACUCGAGCGAAUGCUGAACGAGCAUUCGUACGGCACUGAUGAAUAUGUGUACAACACUCGAGCCUGGACUUUCCAGGAACGAGUGUUGUCAAACAGAAGCAUCAUGUUUUCGAAUGAACAGGUCUAUUUUCAGUGUAAGAAAGAACUAUUGUGCGAGGAUAGGUACGGCAGGGAUUAUUCGGACUCUGCUCUGUUCACCCUUGAGAAGGCACGUGUCUGGAGCAGCAACAAUAAGGCACGAAACAAGCCAUACAGUCUUCUUGAAGAGUUUCGCUGGUAUGAAGAGAUCGUCUCUGAAUACACAGCGAAGCGCAUGGGCUACCCAGGAGACAUCAUCAACGCAUUCACUGGCGUCCAGAUACAGCUGAGCAAGAUGUUCGACUGGACAUUCAGAGAAGGACUUCCGGAACCGCUGUUAGAUCUUGCAUUGCUCUGGACACCCCUCGAAUCUAUCGAGCGUAGAGCUACAGGCUUUGAACACCCAAGCUGGAGCUGGGCUGGCUGGGUCGGCCGAGUGCACUACAAAGAUCUCGUCCGGCCGCUCCAUCUUCCCAUCGGCGAGGCUUUCCAUGCACUUACGAAUCUCAAGGUAGACACGGACAAUCUCCAAACACUGCGGUUUUCAGGUGAGACUGUGCAGCUGAGCGCAUUCAACCUCAGCAAGUGUCAGAAGCGUCUCUCCAACUCCCACUACAGUGUACAGGUCACACCGCACACGCAUUUCCUCUUCGACCAACAGAAUCGCCGAUGUGGCAUACUCCACGGGCUACAAGACUCGCACAGUAACAAUAAUAUCCAGCCAAAUGCGCCUGUAAUACUACUGUGCUUGUCAAGUUGGAAACGCGUCAAUGCACCAUACAAGUAUGGCCCUGUCAUCGCCCACCUGAAUGACAGUCAAUAUGAGAUUAAUGAGGAUCUUUUCGACGAGACGUUUGCGGAUGUAGAGUGGUGUACGUUGAAUUUUAUGUGUGUGAAAUGGUGGGGAGCCGGGUGGUUUCGCGUGGGCGUGGGGCAGAUACAUAAGGAAGCAUGGUGGCGGGCAAAGGUGCUUAGGCAGGCUGUUGGUGUACAAUGAGAGUACUUGCAGUCCUGGCAGAUUUACAAAAGCAGUAAGUAGCUGGUGAUUGUCAUUCUUCAGUUCGUCUGGUUAUUCAGAAGGAGCCAUGCUGCAUUGAAGGUGACACCUUCGCUAGAUAAUGAGAACUAUUUUGUCUGUCCUUUCUACAGAGUGACGAACAAGAAAGACCCCAGUUUCGACACAGCCCGUGUUGACUUAACAGACCUGGCAGGAAGAACUCAGUGCCCAUGCUUUAUCGUCAGAGGUGCCGAGUCCAAUCUUCCAAAUCUCCCUCGCAGCCAUCUUUCUGCCAAAAAGUCUACAAGAUCCCUCUUUCUUUAACAGGACUAUGUCACUAAUACAGCAUGCACGGACUCUACUCUACUCUCGAUGCCGUUCCUCACAUUGAACAAAGCGAAUAUCAGCAAAUGACAGGGUAUUUGCAUAGAAUUUAUCAAU